CAGCAGGAUAUCGACGAAGCGGCCAAAGAAGUUAAGACUCAAGACGGUGCCGGCGAUAAGAAGCCAAGGCCCGCUCCUAUUAAGAUCACUCCUAGAGAUCAGUUCGAGCAGAACCGUCCGUUCUACCAUAAUGGUAACGUGAUCUAUCCUCCAGCCUAUGGAUUAGUACAGGGCCAAAUGCCUAUGCCAAUGAUGCUCUCAAGUCCGUGUUUCCCGCCUGGCGUAGUCGGACAUCUGGGUUCUGUUGGCGCUCAGAUGAGCGCUUUCGGCUCAAUGGGACAGCCAUCCCCUGCUGCAUCAAUGUUCAGCCCUGCCGCCAUCCCUUCUCCUCAUUUCAAUGUCCCCCACGCUGCUAGUGGAGGUGCUCGAUCAGUGCAACCAACGUCUGCUCCCAGUCAGGGAGCUACACCUCACAUCACGUCAAUUAGACCGAGUGAAAUCACAAAACGUCAACUUGAUGCAUUGAAGACUUCCCUUAAGUACUAUGAAGAUCAGCUCCAAUACAACAGGCACCAGAUUGACGAGAAAUGGACUGAAGAGCAAGCUGAUAAGCUGAGAGAAAGCGUACAGCAGUUUGAGCAGAACUACAAGAUGCAGGCAAAUUUCGAAGCCUCCUACUACCCCCAAGCUCCAACUGGAUCUACAAGUUCAACUCAACAAGGAACAAUUUGGAAGACCCCCACGGGAAGUUCUAGCGUUAGAAGCCGUCGAGGAGGAAAUACGUCUCAGAAUAGUUCCGUCGGCGUUGGUGAUCAGGGCCGCAGCCUCUCGCAUUUCCAAUCAUCUGAGCGAAUUAGCUCGAGACAUGGUAACCACAGAAACUCGAGGGCGAUCGGAAUCAACUCGAAUAAAGGUAACACAUCGCCGCUCAGUCUGGACCCUGCGCUGGAAGCACUUAUCCAAGACAAAAUGAGGAGAGGGCUUGCCGCACCUGAACCGAUGAAGAACGUGGGAUCUUACACUGACGUUGCUUCUGCGCCUACAUUUGACGGAGCACCACAUUCCUUUGCAACUCAGUCGGAAGGGGUAAAUCUUGGACCACAGGCUGGGCUCUCUAGCACACAUGGACUUGCUGGAUGGCCAUCCCUUGGCAUGCUGCCGUUUGACCAGAAUGGUAACUGGAACAGCAUGUUCUCUACAAACUCGAACACGGUCAACCGCGCUUCUGCUGUGAAUUCCCAGCCGUCGUCGGCGAGUUUUGCUCCGAAUAGUCAUAGCCGUCCAUAUCUCGUUGGAACCCUACCCCGAGGCGUGAAUCCUCAUAUUGGCCAUGGAGCGGAGUACGUAUAUUCGCGAGAGUUAACCGCGGAGGAGAAGCGAGCUCGAAGUAACUACUGGGGCCACGUUCCGAAUGUAGGGUUCGGCUUACCAAAGUUCGAUGGUAAGGAUUUCUAUCCACCUUCACCAGCAAAAGCUGCCCGCGGUGCUGAGGCUUCCCAAUCUACACUCCGUCCAACAAUACCAACUGGCCGACCGGAUCUCGACUUCGGCUUCCGAACUCAGCCUACAGAAAACGACCCGUUUCGUCCUAGCCAUGGGACUCAGAAGAUUAGCAAAGCUAUUCCGAUUGUUGCUCCUGACGAUGCUAGCCGAGGGGGUGCGUCCAAGAAGGAUUCUGCUUCUCAAGGACUACAUGGUGGUGAUAACACCGAAGGUCUCUCUAAUAAGCCUAAGAGCAACAAGGUUCCGUCCCCAACCACAUCAUCUGAGGCCGACAAGAAGCAGGAUUCGAUGGGCCGACGAACCGUUGAAAGAUCGAGCAACAAGUCCGGAAAUGAUCUCUGGCAAACCAUGCUGAAGAGAGGGCCAACCAGUGGAGCCGUAGUGCCUAGCACAGUCUCGUCGACCACAGCUACGGGAUAUUUGCCUCAGUAUCAUGGGCAUGCUGCUGCCUCUCUUGGGCCUGCAAUUUCUAACACGAGCAACAUGGCGACCCGCGCUUCACCUGAAACUGGAGACAAGAGUAUUGAAUAUGACGCACAACGAUCUGCAGAGAAAGUUGGAGAGAACUGCCCGCCUAACGAGACGCGCUCGGCAGACUACGAUCCGUUGAAAGAUGUCCAGGAACGUAUGCUUCGUGACGCCGAGCGACGUGGAGUCGUUGGUUCGGACUGGUGAAGGCUAAGCUGCACAUUGCCGGGAGAAAUAAAGCAGUAUCAUUGCCGCCAAUCCUCUCUUUGCCUACUACGCGACGAGGAAUGAAGCAGCAGCUCUAUAAACAACAUCUUGUUACACUCAUGCUAGUAUGAUUAGGUUCAUUUCUUCGAGGAGUCGACCAUAGGUUAUUGUUUAUGAUUUCAGUCGACUGAAUAUUUCCUAUUUCGUUUUCCGUCGCCAUUUGGAGGUUACGGACACUUGUAUGAUCAUCCCGUAUGAUCCUUCCGCAUGGUCAAGAUUGCAACAAUACUCCGUGUUUCGAUGGAGACAACGAAGACAACAUUACGAGAACCAAAGCAGAGGCAAAAUAUGUGCUACAUUGCUUUUGAGUGCUACGUUUAUUCGGCGGAAGUAAUAAUUUCUCUUUUGACAUAAUUUUGUUUUUGAUGAGGCGGAAAGGGAGGAGGGAGAUGGUAUCGUGUAAUAAUGACAAAACUGAGGUGGUUGAGGUUGAGAAGCAGGCAAAACUCCGUCGCAUUGCAG